CCACCAUUUUCCCUUACCUCCCGCACCUUGCCACCAUUUCCCUGACCUCCCGCACCUCGCCACCAUUUUCCCUUACCUCCCGCACCUCGCCACCAUUUCCCUGACCUCCUGCACCUCACCACCAUCAACCCUUGCCCCUGCAUCCCUAGAGAUCUCUUCCCCUCCUGGCGGUUGACAAUGUGCUUUUUUCCCUAGCGGAGAGGCCGUUGAGACGCGGCGGUUGUCUGCCUGUUGUGAGUCUACUGCUGGCUCUGACUCAGAACUCGCAAGUGAAGUCUCCCUCGUGUGCAAGUGUGUAACUUACGGUUUAUAUGUAUUGCAUAACGGUACUGAAUGUGCAUGCUUUUUACAUUUUUGCAUUUUAAUCUCUUCCUCAGGUAGUGGAUCUACUGAUUGCCAUGGCUAACUCGGCUGCUCACAGUCCUCGUGCUGCGGUCAUUCUUGACCCCUUCCCCUCCAUCGUGGACCCCAGCAAUGUCAAUGUUCUUGCCCUUGAUCCACAGAAAAAAGACUUUGAUCUGAUGAAGAGGGUGAUAAAAGAGGUAGUGUCCACGAGAGUGUCAUUGGAGACUCGUGACUGUAUUAAUCUCAAGCAGAAGAUGGACGAAACGGACCCCCUGGCCUUCCCGCUGUUGCAAUGGAUUAUCGCCACAUGUAGAGCUCAUAUCGUCCUGCUACCUGAACCAAGGCAAAUAAAGUCAAUGAAGACGAAGCAUCAGUUUCUGCUGAUUAGCAGUCCUCCGGCAAAAGAAGUAGCCUUCCAACAAGCAAAACAAAAACAUGGAAGUACUUAUGCUUUCCAUGGUUCCAGCAUCGAAAACUGGCACAGCAUCAUGAGAAAAAGCCUUGUGAAUGCUUCAGGAACAAAGUUCCAAUUACAUGGAGCAGCGUAUGGUAAAGGAAUCUACCUAAGUCCAGUCUCCACAGUAUCCUUUGGUUACACAGGCGGACUUUUCUACAUGCCAACAACAAGACACAGACAGGAUGUGCAGUGUCUAGCCAAUAAAACAAACCUCAAGUGCCUAGCCCUCUGUGAAGUGGUGACUUCCAAGGACUUAAAGAAGCAUAAUGACAUCUGGGUGUGCCCUAACACAGACCACGUCUGUACACGUUUCUUUUUCGUCUAUGAAGGCAGCAUGGAUAACACUGACAGUUUUGACACCAGACAGUCACAGUGUAAGAAAGAGAUAAAUCACGCUGUAGCACACAUCAGACAGUUCAAGAAAAGAUGAUACCACGUAGUUCAUUAUUAUCAAUGUGCAUUUCACUUUUCAUAUCUGCUCAUGGUGCAAAAUGAAUGUCCGA